AUUUUUUUCUUGAAGAGGAGGAGAUCAAGUGAGAUCAAUGGAGGGGAGUGCAAAAGAACGAUGCAUCCGUGAAAACGAUGGAGCAGCAAGAGGUGCUUCUAGCAGUCACACUUCAACAGAAGGUCACGAAAUGGCCACUUUAUCAGGAUAUGACUAUGAAGUAUUCUUGAGCUUCAGGGGACCAGACACUCGAGAACGUUUUACUGACUUCCUUAACACUAGUCUUAAAGAUGUGGGUAUCCGCACAUUUAAGGACGACGAAGAUCUCCGCAAGGGGGAAGAGUUUGGCCCAGAACUUCUCCAAGCAAUUAAUCAGUCGAAGAUCUCAAUACCUAUCUUUUCAAAAGGUUAUGCCUCUAGCGUAUGGUGUCUCAAGGAGCUAGUCCAGAUGGUCGAGUGCCAGAAAACUGGAAGACAAAAGAUCAUGCCCAUUUUUUAUGAUGUGGACCCUUUAGAGGUUCGGUACCAAACUGGAGGUUACGGAGAGGCCUUUCUUUCACAUGAAAAGAAGCAGCGAUUUGAUGAAGAGGCUAUGCGCCAGAGGAAGGCUGCUCUGAAAGAAGUAUCAUUUCUAAACGGAUGGAACCUGCACAGCAAGACCGACAGGCGAGAAGGUGAGUUCGCCAAAACAGUUACCCAAGAGGUUUUCAAUAAGUUGAAAAAGGCUUAUUUGGAGGUAUCAGACUAUUUGGUCGGCAUCGACCACCAUGUGGAUGAAAUCAUGAAAAAGAUAGGUGCUCGGACAAGUGAAACACGGAUUAUAGUAAUCCAUGGGAUGGGUGGCAUUGGAAAGUCGACUAUUGCCAAAAUAAUUUACAAUCAACUUUCAAACAAUUUCAAGCAUUGUUGCUUUCUAUCCAACAUCCGUGAACUGUCAGAACACAAGGGCAUUGAAUGCUUGCGGCAUCAACUCAUCUCCAACAUCCUCAAAAUGAAAGAUAAAAAAAACAUAGAUGAUGGGAAUCAGACAAUUAAAUACAGGUUGUCUACUAAACAAGUCCUCCUUCUUCUCGAUGAUGUGCAUGAAAAGAAACAUAUGGAUGCACUCGUAGGUGAGCGUAAUUGGUUUGGUAAAGGGAGCAAACUUAUUAUUACUACUAGAAACAAAGACAUUCUCAAGGUUCCCACAGUGGACGACCAUUAUGAGGUUAAUGGCAUGGAUCCCGAUCAAUCUCUUCAACUUUUUAGCAAACAUGCCUUCAGAAGAGAUUAUCCUUUGGGCGAGUAUACCAACCAAUCCAAAAGGGCAAUAGGCAUUGCUGGAGGUCUUCCAUUGGCUCUAGAGGUCAUAGGUUCACUUUUAUCUUGCACUAAAAAGGAAAAGUGGGAUCUCACAUUGAAGAAGUUGGAAAGUGUUCCUCCUACAGAAGUCCAGAGUAAGUUGAAUAUAAGCUAUGGAGCAUUAGAUGUUCGGCAAAAGCAUAUAUUCCUCGAUAUAGCUUGUCUUUUCAUUGGAUAUGACAAAGACAUUGUGAUUCAUUUCUGGGAUGAAUCUAAAUUUCCGGAAGAAGCCAUGGAAGUUUUGCAGAACAUGUCUUUGAUAAAGAUUAAAGAGGAUAAUAAAGUGUGGAUCCAUGAUCAACUCAGAGAUCUCGGAAGAGAAAUAGUUCGUCAAGAAAGUAAGAUGAAACUAAAGAAGCAAAGUAGGGUGUGGAAUCCUAAGGAAGCAUUGGAUUUGUUGAGGAGACAUGAGGGAAAAAACAAAGUUGAAGCUCUUCGUCUCAAGUUUGACCAUGAGGGACAGUACCAUUUUACCUAUAAGGGCUUUAUAAGACUAUCAAAUCUAAGGUUCCUUGCAGUUGAGGGUUCGGUAGAAAAUUUUUGUGCUGAAGAGAUGCUACUUUGGCACGAAUCACCAUCAAAUGUUUUCCAGGAGAAUUCAGAUCUCCUUCCACAAUUACGAUGGCUUUCAUGGUGCAAUAUUCCACCAACAUUUAACAUAACAAUUUUCUCUAUGGAGGAUACAGUUAUUCUUGAUCUAUCUGGGAGUGAAAUUACACAUGAUUGGAAGGGGUGGAGCCACAUGAAGGUUAUGAAGAAUUUGAAAGUUCUGAAUUUGACCGGUUGCCAUCUCUUGAGGAGAACUCCCACCUUCUGUGCUCCGGCAAAUAUAGAACGUUUGAUCCUACACGGCUGUAAAUCAUUAAUCGAAAUUGAUAAGUCGAUUUGUCAGUUGAAGAGCUUAGUUUACAUAGAUGCAAGCGGUUGUGAGAAUCUUUGUGUGCUGCCAGACGAGCUGGGUGGAGAUCUUGCAAGCCUUGAAUACCUAAAUCUAAGUCGGUGCGGAUUGUUGGAGAGGCUUCCGGAUUCAAUUUGGAAGUUGGAAUCGCUGAUUGAGUUGAAUAUAAGUCAUACGAGGAUCAACGAACUGCCUAGAUCCAUCGGAAAGUUGAAAAAUUUGAGAGUAGUGAGGAUAUGUAGUCAUAUAAGCAAAAUACCGGAUGCCCUUUGGAUGAUUGAGAAGCUCGAAGAAAUAGAAUACGAUCGUGAAAAUUUGCCCGGAGGCCGCGUGAAAGUUGGAAAAUGCAUCUCCAUGAAUCAAUCCCUGAGGAUCUUGAGAUUGAAGCUCGCGAAUAUAUGCACACUAUCAAGACUUCCAGAAAGUCUUAUCACUCUGGAAUUGUCUAGGUUGUACAUGGACAAGUUUCCAGAUCUCUCAAACCUCACUAAUUUAAAGGGAUUGGAUCUGAUGUUUUGCCCACCUGAUUUAGAGAUGAUAUCUAGUGGGCCUGUGGAAUGUCUGAUACCACAAUGGAUUGAGAAGUUAAGCAACCUGGAGUAUCUGCGCCUCGACUCUCAUUAUGUGACCACCUCACCAACAGACCUUAGCCUCCCUCCUCAUCUCAUAACAGUUCAUCUCGAGUGCCCUAAUCUACGUUGCCUGCCGAGGCUUCCUUCAAGUUUAUCCUUCUUAACUUUGUACGAUUGCAAGUCACUUUGCUCAAUGGAGGAUCUAUCGAAUUUGAAGAAUCUAUCAUUCCUCAAGAUUACGUUCGCUACAAUUGCAGAGAUUCAAGGCCUUGGUUGUUUGGGGAACCUACGAGAAUUGGAGCUUAAUUGGCUUGGACGGGUAAAGACACUACCUGAUCUAAGAAAUUUAAACAAACUAAGGCUUCUUAAAAUAAGAUCUUGUGAUGAUCUAUUUGAGAUUCAAGGCGAACUACCACUUUCUUUGGAAGGAUUGCGUAUCUAUAGCUGUCGUUCUUUACAAAAGCUGCCCGAUCUAUCAAGCUUGAUGGGUAAGACAAAUGUUGAAAUAGACUAUUGUGAUAAAUUUCUUGAAUAUGCUCGCAUGAAUCGACAAGUUUUGAAGCUUGUAGGCUUUAAAGAGCUGCAGAUCCUACCUAAUCUAAGCAAUUCAAACGAACUAAGACAUCUUCGAGUAAAAAACUGUGGUAAGUUGGUUGAGAUUCAAGGUGAACUACCACAAUCUUUGGAAGUCUUGAAGAUUUCUUCGUGUAAACUUUUACAGAAGUUACCUGAUCUGUCCAACUUGAAGAAACUGCAGCGGGUUGACAUAGAAGGUUGCACGAAAUUAAAGGGUGAGGCAAUUCUUGGCUCUGCUCGAAGAAGUCAAGCGAAUUUGUGGGAGAACCUACAAUAUUUGGGAAUUUGUGGCCUUGUACAGGUGGAGAUACUACCUGAUCUAAGUAACUUAAACAAACUACAACAUCUCCGAGUAGAAAACUGUGAUAAUUUGGUCGAGAUUCAAGGUGAACUACCACAAUCUCUGGAAAAAUUGGAGAUUUGUUCCUGUAAAUCUUUACGGAAUUUGCCUGAUGUGUCAAACUUGAACAGACUGCAAAGGGUUAAAAUUCAUCGUUCUUGGAAAUUAAAUGUGGAGGCAAUUUCUUUGCUUUGCUCGGAGAAGUCAGUAGAAUUUGAGGAAGAAGAAGACGAAUGGGACAGAGAAGACGAUGAGUUUGAAUAUGAGGAAGAAGGUACCGAAUCCGAAUCUGAGGGAUUCGGAUUCAGACAACGAGUCUCAAUAUGAGGCAAUUUCUUCGCAUGCUGCACUUUAAAGCUUCUUGAGCCACAACCACAAAUUGUUCCCUUGUGUUCUAACUCUAAACAAAGUGCGGGAACUGCGGCUAAUUGGGCAGCUGUACAAAUGAAGACCGAUAAAGGAAAAUGAAGAUGACAUUCAACGUGAAGUUUUUCAUCCACUUUUUAAUUACUUCUUGUGAGUUGAUGCCUGGAAAUCUAAAGAAGGUAUUGAAAUUACGGUAUAUUCGUACAACCAGAGGGUUCUUUCGUACAAAUAUAUGUUUUGUUUUCCUAGUUUGGUUUGGCUUUUUUAGCUAUAUUCUUUUGGAUGGUUUCUCCUUGCUUUUAUGUUUCCCAACUAGAGGUAUGCAUGUCGAUUACGUCGUUAUUAUUACAAUUCAUUAGAGAUCCUCGUCUAUUUGCUGCUUCAUAAUUUUUCGAAGUUGACACCCUCUGCUUCGCAUAACUUUGCCAUACUGUUAACAAUUAGAUGAAAUGUGUCUUGGAAGGUCAUAGCACUAUGGUUCUCAUACUGGAAUUUUACAACAUAAUCAACUCAUUGUUGCAAUUGUAAAGAAGACGGACUCUGUAUUGAUAUGCUUAUGUUCGGAUUUUUUUUUUUGUUGGAGCUUCGGUUUAUUUUCUAGGAAAGGUGUGCUUCUUAAUGGGAUUUGCAAAUGUUAUUGAGAAAUUAUAAAAUGAAGAAAAAGGAAUUUUAUUUGGGUAGUGGCAUCAAUAGUUGGUGCAGCAAAGCUUCCAUCUGUGACAAGAUAGAACUAUUUAGCUUCUCCAAGGGAGCUGUGGCUAAUUUGUCAGCUGUAUAGACGAAGACCAAAGAAAGGCAGAUGACGGAUGAAAUUUGAUGUUGACCGUUGGUAAUUAAGUUUCCAAUACGAUGUAAAUUUGUCAAUUUACACGUUGACAAUUUAUGUGAGAUCCUCAAAACUUGCUGGUUUGUACUUUAGAUUUGAACCCAAUAACCCUACCUUGUAAAACUUAACUUUGUUAUACCUUAAACAAUGAAGGAUAUAGUCAAAUGUGAAGGUUUUAAUCCGUGACAGAAACUCUUUCAUUCACUUUUUGGUUAUCCUAAGAAUGGAGCCUUAGGUUUCAACAUUGAUAUGGAGAAUCACUAUACAACAAAAGAGUCCUAUAUGACAAUCUGAGCUCUUUCUCUCAGUCAUAAGUAAGAAAAAACUUACAAAUUCUUUCUGUAAAGAUAAGCUACGGCUAGCUCAAUUAAUGCAUAGAAUUGACAAUCGUAUAUCUUUCCCAACGUUUUGGUGCUGUACUCUGGCUUUUACUGUAAUGUACAGACUCCAGCU